AUGGAUAUAAAAACCUUGCUUGACAAUCUUCAUGAAGAAGUAUCCUGUUCUGUGUGUAUGACCACAUUUACUGAACCAAAGAUACUACCAUGUUUGCACAGUUUCUGUCUUCACUGCUUGAACGAGAUUUUACGAACAAGUGGCGGCCAUGAUAUGAUCGCAUGCCCUGAAUGCCGAAGAGAAGUUCAAGUUCCUAGCAGUGGAAACCUCAAGGAUCUGCCAACAAACUUUCGUAUCAACAGUUUGCUAGAUGUGCUGGCCAUCAAAGAAUGCCAUACUGCUAGAGUGAAAUGUGGAAACUGCGACGAAAGUAGCAGACACAGUUCCUACUGUUUUCAGUGCUGUGCGUUCUGGUGUGACGAGUGUAUCAUUGCGCAUAACUUAAUCAAAGCGAAUAAAGAGCAUCGGGUUCUUGCUCUGAAAGAUUUUGAAGAUCAAGACAUCGAGGAUGUAUUAAAGCGGCCGGCAUUUUGCCAACAGAAGCAUCACGAAAAAGAAGACCUCAAGUUCUUUUGUAAGAACUGUGAUGUUGCCAUUUGUAAUUUGUGUGUGGCAACCAUCCAUGAUGGUCACGCUAAGAUUGUUCUAGAAGAAGUAGCAAGUGAACGCAAGAUACAAGUCAGGUCUGUGAUCGAGACACAAAAGAAAAAUAUUGAACACAAGAAAAACGUAAUCGCUGAUCUUGAAAGACAGUGUAACCAUAUUGAAGCGCGAGGCAAUGCAGUGAAGCGAGACAUCCACAAGUUUGCUGAAAACAUGAUCGAAUUCAUUGAAAAAAAGAAGAAGGAAAUGUUAAACAAAGCUGAUAAACAAAUUAAAGAAUCCCUUGGAUGUGUGCGAACUCAACAAUGCGAGGUGAAGCGUCAAGUCAAACUUCUUGAAACAGCAGUCGAAAAAGCUGAAACAUUUUUAAAACGAUAUACAAAUGCCGAGAUUGCACAGAUAGAUAAGUCACUGAAUAUGCUCUUACCUGAUGAUGUCAGCGAUGUUGGAAAACAAGCCGCAUCUGACCUUGAAGGUCUUCGUCAAUUCCGUUUUAAAGAAAACAAAACAUUACUUGGCAGUCUUCACUCUGACGGCAUCGGCUCAUUUCAAAGUUAUGUAACAAACACUUGCGCUCAUCAGUCAACUGCCGAAGGGAAAGGAAUCAAUGAAGCGAUUGUUGGACUUGAAUCAAACUUUUUGUUAACAACGAGAAAUGCCGAAGGAGAACAAUGUUACAAUGAGCGUGACUCUGUAACCGUGGAAAUAAAAAAUCAGCAAGGCCAUGACUGUGCGACAGAAGUUCGACUCAAAGAUGAGAAAGAUGGUAGCUACAAAGUCAGAUAUUUCCUCAAAGAUACAGGAAAAUGCCAAGUAUCAGUGAAAGUAAAUGAAGAACACAUUCGUGGUAGUCCAUUUCCUAUUAAACCGAAACCCAGACAGUUCAGACACGUGUUAUCUUUUGGAAAACAAGGCUCGUCCGUUGGAAUGCUAUGCUGUCCAUAUGGAAUGGCAGUGAAUGAACGAGAUGAAAUUGCAGUGACUGAUAAUAAAAACCAUAGGGUUCAGGUAUUCAGUAGUGAUGGAACUUACUUAAGAUCUUUUGGAGGAAAGGGUGAUAAACAGGGCGAGUUAAAUUGGCCUGCUGGGAUAGCAUUUAAUAAAAAUAGUCGCAGUAUAGUAGUAGACGGUCUUAACUACCGAGUUCAAUUGUUUAGGGUGAGUACCUGAGCCAGUUUGGUGGUAAAGGAAAUCUUGAUCACCAGCUGAGGGAUCCUCUUGGUUUAUCUGUCGACAGGAAUGGAAAUAUUAUUGUUGCCGAUAAGGGCAACAAAGUUAUAAAAACCUUUUCUCCCAGUGGCCAGUUUUUGUAUAAACUUGGUGAAGAUGAAGGUGAAGGUGAAGGUGAGGGUUUUACUUCUCCUUUUCACUGUAUUCAAUAUGACAAAUAUCUAAUAGUGUCAGACGAUGGUGAUCAUUGUAUCAAAGUGUUUGAUAUAAAUGGCAACUUUUUGUACAAAUUUGGAAAUAAGGGGAACAGGGACGGGGAGUUUAACUCACCCCGUUUUUUGUCAGUUAACAAGGCAGGACACCUGAUGGUCUGUGACAAAAACAAUGACAGAGUUCAGGUAUUUGAACUGAGUGGUAAGUUUAUAACAAAGUUUGGAAAACAAGGGAAUGGGCCAGGAGAGUUCAAGGAUCCAACAUCUACAGCAGUUCUUAGUGAUGGUAGGAUAGUUGUAGCUGAUUGGUUGAACCAUCGCAUCCAGAUAUUUGAGUAA